AUUGAAUCUUGAAGAGGAAUUAGAUCAGAUGAAAGUAUGUAGAUCCAUGGAUAAAGCUACAAUACAAGACCUGAAUCUGUGUCUGCAACAAGAAAGGGAAGAGCUACUCUUCAGACUUGGUGAAGAUGAUGGGGUCAAAAACAUUACUCCAAAGAAGAAUGUGAAAGAAAUUUCAGAUGAGACAUUACAGAAGGUGUGCCAAUUGGAAAAGAGAUUCAAAACUCUCGAAAGGGAAUCAAAGAAGCUGAAAGAAGUAAACAGACAGUUAACCAAAGAUAAAAAUGAUCUGAAAGCCUCUAUAAAAUGUCAAAAAGAAGAUGCAGAUAGAAGAGAGAGAGAGUUAGAGCUGCUCCUGAAGAAGAUUAAAGAAAUAAAAAAAAACAAAGCAGAUCUUCAGUUAGUUAUUGAUGAGCUGGAAAGAAAAGUUGCCACCCUGAAGAGGGAAGUAGUAGACGCUAACAUGUUGAAAAAUGAAAAUGAAGAUCUGCUACAUCAAGUGCAGCAAUUGAAAAAUUCACUGGACAAAGCCAAAGCAGUGGCUACCAUGGCUAAUGAAGGAGCAAACCAUGGGCAAUGUAAUUGUAAGACAGCAGGCACCAAGGUUAAAUUAAAAACAACGAAGAAAAAGAGCUCUCUGGGACGUCACCAGGCUUUUCUCAAUCAGUCCAUCAAGGUUAUGAGCAAUGUAUUUGAGAACUUCAAUAAGGAUGGCUGGGAGGAUAUGAGUGAAAGCAGUGACUCUGAAAUACCAACUUCUGAAAGCUUGGGAUCAAUAAUUAUGAAAACAGGCCAAAACGUGGAUUCACUUACAGACACAAAUGAUCAACAGGAAAAAUAUCAAGUACAGGAUAAUCAAAUGAUCCACAAUAUUUCACAUUUAGAAGACAAGAGCCAACUUAAUCGCAAAAAGGGUAUCACACAGAACAAGGACAUUGAGAAAUCACAUUCCCAAAGGAGAAAGAUCAAUCCUUACAUAACAGCUCAUCCAUCAAUUAUGAACAAAGUAAACAGAGAGAAAAGAAGAAAUAUUAUGGUCCAGAAACCAGGCUGCUCUGUUUUAUUGCGGGAACGAAUUAAGUCCUUGCAGCAACAGAUAGCUGUUCUGCAGAAUGUAGGAAGGACAACAGCAUCUUCUAUCAAAAAACUUAAGGAAGCCAAUGAAAAACUAACAUCUCAGCUACAUCUGGCUGAUCGAAGACUUCAAACCAGCAGACGGACAAUACAGACAUUGACCUCUGAUCUGGCUGAGUUGCAACGAGAGAGAGAAGAUUUACAAGGAAAAUUAGAGCAUCUGGCCCAAGAUACCAGAUUAAAAGAGGGUCUGUCUCCUGUGACCUCUAACCAAAUUGAAGUCACACUACCUACUCCUUCAAAGAACACAGAUUUGGAGAUGAAACAGCUGUACUGCAAACUGAAGAAUGCAAAUAAUGAAAUCACUAAACACUCAACCACCAUUAAGUCUCUAAAAAUUGAAGUCCAGGAAAAAGAAGACAAGAUGCUAGAACUACAGGAAAAGAUUUCUCGGGUGGAAAGAGACAUAAAUUUGAAAAGACAUUUAAUAGAAGACUUAAGGUCUCGUCUGAAAGCAAACCAGGAAAUUGAGAAAACUUUUAAGGAAACAAUAGAAAGUUUUGAGAAAAAGGUAAAGACAUUGACUGAAGACUGUUCUAACAAGAAAACAUCAAUUGAUUCACUAAAGCAAAGGCUUAAUGUAGCUACAAAAGAGAAAUCACAGUAUGAACAGAUGUAUCGCAAGGCUAAAGAUGAGUUGGGGAAAAAGGAUCUCAAGCUUACCAACCUAGAAGGUAAAAUGAUUGAAGCUGAAUGUGCGAUGACUGAACUUGAGACUACAGCAUCUCAGCAACUCCAUGGCUUGGCAAAGCAAAGUGAACAGGCACUGGAAGUAGUGCAGAGAAAACUCUUGCUGGCCAAUGACAAAGUAGAAGAAUUCAUAACAUUUGUGAAGGCCUUAACCAGAGAGUUACAGCGUAAUGUACAGGAGAUGAGAAUGCGAAUCAGACAUUCUAAAAAAAUAAAAGAAGAGAAAGAAUGCAACAGGUAUCUUUCCAAAGAGUCAGUCCACCGAGCCCAGUCCUUGGCAGCAUCUAUCCUUAAUAUUUCAAAGACUGAUCUAGCAGAGAUGCUAAAUACUGAAGACGACGAGGAAACAGAAAGGGCUAAAAUGGAAGUUGAAAAGGAUAAGGAAUGGCUGUGUUACAUACAGAAACUUCUGGAGGGACAGUUUCCUUUUGCUUCGUAUUUAAUGGAUGCAGUACUGGAAAAAUUAAAUGAGAAGAAGAAACUGGUAGAAGAGUAUAAUUCUCUUAUGCAGCAAACCAUAUGAUAUUGUGCAAACUGGGUUUGGAAAGGGUUUUAUACAGAGUGACUGGAAAAUGUGUUGUACUCCGGACACCAUUCCCCUUCAUAUGGAAAACUAUCAGUAGUCAAAUUCAAUACAAAAGGAAGAAGACUCUGAACUAAUUAAUCGUUGAACAAGUAGAAUUAAUUACAUUCCCAUUUAAAGAGGAAAAGUGCAGAUUUGAUUGCUGAACACAAAAAUUACCACAAAUUAAUGCAAACUUUAAAAUGAUUUUCCUUCAAAUACAUUAGUAAAGAAAGCCAGUGCAAGCCUUGAGAAGAUGAGCUGUCACUGAUGUGAACACUAAGCCAUAGGAACUGUGCAAAUCAGUGAGAACACGGUGUAUAUCUGACUGGCCAAGCAACGGUGGACUGUAUUGUUCCAAACACUUCAGGUGAGAUGGAGUUUUAUGUCCAAAUCUGUUGAAUUUCAAAUGGAUUUGAGUAUCUUUCUCCUUUUGAGGCCUUUGCGGAACCCAGACUGGAUUAUUUACAUAAACAGAAUGCAUUCCUAGAAUGGGUUUGCUUUAUGUAAUAAACAGUGACAUUAAAUGUUAAGAACCGUAAGUAAUAAAAUGGAAGCUUUCUCAGUGGCCUAAGAGACUAUAGGCAAGCUGCUUUUUUGUUUUCUGAUUGGGAAUGUUUUGAGCAUAUUUAAUUGUAUUUAAGAAAUAUUACUUCAAAAUAAAAAUCAUUUCCAGUGUU